CCAGCACAGCAGUGAAACUCACUUGCACUCAGGUAAGAAGCUACUGCUAUUGAUUCCAGUUUUUGGAGUUAUUUCUGGAUAUAGUUUUUCUUAAAAUGCUUUUGAUAUUUGAAAUAGUUAGCCGUCAAAGCUUACUCAUUAGGUUGUGAUACUGAAGAUUGCUUUUGGACCAUCUUCACUGGAUCUUUUCAUGGCUUCAUGUGUGUUUCCACCGGGAGCACUGACUUGACAAUCAACAUACUGUAGUCAAGAUGGUGUAGACAAAUAUUACGAGGUGUGUGUUCAUAAGCGCAUAUUCACACUUAUUUUGGCACCAGAGGCAUCAACAGCAGCAACAUACAGUACUAUCUUGACAAUGUUCAAAUUAAAAGGCAUCAACAGCGGCAACAUCCAGCACUAUCUUGAAAAUGUCCAAGUCAAAAGUGUCAAACACCAAGUUUUACACGCAGGAUGAGGAAUUGAGAAGUGGCUACCUGCACAAGUCCCCUGGUCCUCUGAUCUGAUUUCAAUGAAAUCACAGAAAUCUUGGAAGCGCCAUUUUUUUGUACUCUUCAAGACGAGCGAGGGUGUUUACACCCUCAAGUACUUCAGAAGUGAGGAGAGGAAUAAAGCCCUGGGAGAGAUAGACUUGUUAGAAAUCAGUACGCUGCUCUUCUGCCCAGAGAGCCAUAGUAUGUGGGGAUGUAUUCACAAAAUGUUCAGAUGCCCAGCCUCUUGUGUGCUCCUUCUGCGUACCAACAGCCGAGACUAUUUCCUCGUCGGAGAGAACAGCUGGGAAACCAAUGGCUGGUCCGAUGUCCUUUACAACGUUCUGCAAGGGCAAAAAGAUGUACGGUAUGAUCAGGAUGUGGAUGUGGGGAAACCCAGAACCUGCUCCGCCCCUCCAGUGCCUAGAACUGAGCAAACUCAUCAGGCCUCUGAUAGAGAAGCCAAGUCAAAGUCAAUGCCAUUGCCAUUGCAAUUUCCAUUGCCAUUGCCAUUGCCAUCACUAAGUCAGCCAGUAAAUAGACCCGUCUGUCUGAUGCCUCCAUAUCGACCCAACACUCAAGUCUCCCUGAUUGAGGCCACAGGCCCAUCUGCAGCUGAGGAGCCCAUUUAUGCUGUUCCAUCCAGUCUGCCUGUCAUAGCAGCACUACAGAAUGUGGACGAAGGUCCCCGGAGAACCCAGUCUGAGCCUCCAAAAUCUUGGACCAAUAAAAAAACUGAGCUGACCUAUGACAAAAAAGUCAGGCCAAAGUCAAUGCCAUUGCCACCAAGUCUGCCAAGAGAGACAAACCCAGCACGUCUCUACGCUGUUCAUGAGAAACCAUCGCCACAGGUGCCAAAGAGUGACGAGAAUGAGGAAGGGGCCGACUGCGGUAUGUAUGAGGACAUGGCUACAUUGUGCAAUGCAGCAAUGAUGGCAGAGGACAAGGAGCCCCCAGAGGAUGUGGACUCCGAAGACAGUGAUUUUGUUGACUACACACACUACGAGAUGGAGGUUUGUGUGAGCCGAGAGGAUCUGGAAAAGCACCUGGACCUGACAUCGGAUGGAGAGACACCAGGUAGGAGAGACAGCUUGUUGCUCAAGGGAGACGAAAUCCUGGCCAUCAACAAUCUGCACAUUGACAGCGAGAAGGAAGUGGAGUUCAUGCUGAAGAAACUUAGGGUGAACGAGGUGACGGUCACCAUUCGGAGGCUGUCCAGUGAGUUCCAGGCCAUGAAAGCAGAACCUUCCUCCAUGUGAAUCAUUGUGUGGCCCCUUUCUGAAUGUGUUUUAUGUGUCUGUCAAAGACAAGUUUCACUCUGUGUGUCUCUUAAUGACUUUGAGCUGCAAACACAAACCCCUGUCUCCUUGUGAUGACAUGACAGCACAGCUCUCCAAUCAAGAGGAAAGAUGCAAGUGUGUUUUGUGUGCUCAAAAAGAGACUAUGGCCAAUUAAAGAGGCCAAGAAUCAUUUAAUGUAGCCGACUAAGAUGACAUUCUUACCUCUCGCAGCCCGUUGAGUUGAAACAACAGAUGGUUGUGACCAAGGAUAUCUCUACCAUCUCUGAAGAACUUUGUGGGUGUAUCUUGGCGUAUCUUUGUAAACAGUAUUUCUGCAGUAAGUCCUACCUGCAAUCAUGUACACACACUAUGUAUACAGUGCCCUCCGCAGGCACCAUUAUUGGCACCAUAAAAAUGGGUGAUGUAAACAAAAAUGUGAUGUAAAGAGAUGUAAACAAAUCUGUAGGCAUUUUAUAUGUUUCACUAUGGAAACAGUGAGGAAACAAUGUUGAAAGUAAAUUCAUUCAGAGAGAAAAAAACAUUCCACAUUUGUUUAUCUUCAUGUAUUUGUUUUGUAUUCCAUUGUAUAUAUAUAAAACAAAAAUAGAAAAAGCACUGGAUGUACAGUAUUUUUCAAACGUUGGAAUCCCCGAUAAACUGCCUGAAAAAUAAAUAAAUCAUAAACAUCAGAGAAGUCUGUGUUAGUUU